AAUAUAAACACAAUUCAAAUUGAAAUGCAAUGAAAUGUUUGUUAAAACUAAUAAAACACACAUUUGUCUCACAAUUGCAUUAAAUGUCCGCAAAUUAUCAUCGAUUGGACAGUCAUUACAGUCAUUACCGGUGAUUAAAAUCCCAAAAUAUCUGAAGACAUCGCUGUCUGCGGUCCGACAUAAUGAACACAAAAGAGCGGAUCAAAUAGUGAAAGAAGACAAACAAUUGAAUGAUAGUUCACUAAAUGACCAUAAGUUUGAUCCAAACGUUUGUGUCAUCUCUACUACUAAUCAAAGAUUGAAUCACUUUUUGGGACAAAAAUAUAAAUGUUUAGACAAAAUACCAUUAGUUAGCAAAGAGUGGAUUAAUGGCAACAACACUAAUGGACAAAGUAUGCGAUUCCAUGUCCACGAAGACAAUCCAUCGAUUGUUGUUAAAGAAUCGCCUCAACACUUGUCGGCGACUUUCCGAUCGUUAGGUCUGAAGAGCGUUGUUUGCGAUGCCAUUGAAUCGAUGGAUAUAAAGUCACCGACGGGUAUACAAAUGGCUGCCAUUCCGUCCAUUUUGGACAAGAAGAAUGUCAUCUGUUCUGCGGAGACGGGAAGCGGCAAAACAAUGGUAUAUUUGGCACCAAUUAUUCAAAUGAUCCGUCAAUUCAAAGAGUAUAACUCACAACAAACGAGUCAAUACUACCCGAAAGGACUGGUGAUUGUGCCGUCACGUGAAUUGGCCGAACAGGUCGGACGUGUGGCACAACAUUUGGCCACCUAUUGUGGUAUAGGUGUGGCAGUUAUGAUGGGCGGACCGCCACAACACAUAUCGCACACUGGCAUGGAUUUAAUCAUUUCCACAAUUGGUUUGGUUCAGCCUCUCAUUCAAAAACGAAUUUAUUCCAUCCGAAGACUUAACCAUUUAGUGAUCGAUGAAAGCGAUACUCUAUUUGACGACACUUUUGGUGGAGAAGUAAUAGAUCUGUUGGGAAGUGUACUCGUGAGAGACAACACCCAUGAGGCCAACGAUGAGAGUGAUAAUGAAGAGUCACGCCUUGAGUCGACCCCCGGAGGUCUACAGUUGGUGUGUGUGAGCGCAACAAUGCCUAGAAAUCUAAACCAUACUCUUGGAAAGAUUGUGGACAUCGAUGAUAAUUUUGACAUCAUAUCAACUCAUGGUUUGCAUCACAUUAUGCCUCACGUGCAACAAAAUUUCCAUCGGAUCCACAAAUUUGAGAGACAAUACAAACUCUUGGAAUUAGUCAAAAAAGAUGUUAGAAUUGGAAAGCCUGUAAUGGUGUUCAGCAAUCGUUCAGAUUCUUCCAAUUGGAUCUAUCAUUACCUUAACGAUAAUGGCGUACAUUGUCUAAGACUUAACAGUGAAAUAUCAGAUAAGGAACGCUACGAUCAGCUCAAGAGGUUUCAAUCGGGAGAUUGUAAUGUCAUUUCAUGUACUGAUUUGGGCUCAAGAGGAUUGGAUACAGUGGGGGUUAGACAUGUAAUCAAUUACGACUGUCCACACUAUGUGUCCGAUUAUAUACACCGGUCGGGAAGGACUGGACGUAUGGGCUCUAAACAAGACUGUUUGGUCAGCACUUUUGUAUCGUUCAAACCGGACGUAAUGAUGGUUAAGAAGUUGGAACUCGCCUUAAGACUCAACCGUCCCAUCGAUUCGGUCGACGCAAACAUUAAACACCAAAUGAAUGUAAAGAUGAAAACAGUUAAUAAUAGCAAAGAGAUGAGAGCUAAACGCAAACAAUGAUCAUUGUAUUCAACAAAUUACUAUUUAUAUUUAUAUAAAUAUUAAACACUAUAUAUUCAUCACUUUAAA